GUACCUAUUUGGCGGAGUGACUUCAAUUCGAAUAUUCUCCACUGUGCGUUCUGCCACAGAUCGUUCUGCGCUCUUAUCCACGAUUUAAAUACAUGAAAGUUGUUUGAAGUUAUUGAGUUCGCGAAAAGUGCGCGACUUGCUUCCAGAAGAAAUUUGCAAAGCUUGAGCUAAAGAUGUCGCAUACCGCUAUCUCUGUUCCUGUGUCACUUGGUAAGCUCUGGUGGGCUACAAUGCUAGCUUUUUUCCUUCAAGCAACGCUAGUCAUAGUCGCCACCUCCCCAGACGAAACGGCAGAUUAUAAACUGAACGAUGAGGAUUUGCAAAUGGGAGAAGAAGUGGCCAAAAGAGACUGGAAUCGUAAUUUGAAUGAGUGGGGUAAACGAGGUUGGACAAACUUACAUGGUGGUUGGGCACUGAAAAGAGCUGAACCCACAAAUUUAGAACAAAAUGUUUAUCCACUUCCAUUUUCUGUACAAAAACGAUCCUGGCAAAACUUUCAGAGUGGUUGGGGCAAGAGAGUACCACCAGAAUACAAAGAGUUAACACUUCAAGAAAUAGCAUCCUCCUUAAACGACAAUGAAGAUCCUUUACCUUACGAAGACGAAAUUGAACCUGAAAUACUAACUUCUAAAAGAAACAAUUGGUCAAAGUUUACGGACGGUUGGGGAAAAAGAAGUAAAUGGGAAAGUUUCAAAGGGGCUUGGGGUAAACGAGAACCAGCCUGGGUUAAUCUAAAAGGAUUGUGGGGUAAAAGAAGCAGGACAAAUAGUUAUGUAAAUUAAUAACGAAAAAAAAAGAAGUCUGGAUAAAUAUUUUUAGUAGUACAAUCUUCUAAAUAUUACUUAUUUAAUUAAACAUAUCUAUGGACAUUUGAAAAGGUCUGUCUAAGAAUCUGAUUUGAAGAUCAUCAUGUUUCUUUUGUCAUGAUGUCAAAAAUUACUUAUAAUAUUAUAAUUUCAAAAGAAACUCUCUAUAAAUCAUUAUUACUGAACGAACCUUGAUGGCUUCCGAGUUACAUCGACAGUACGCUACACAAUUGAAAAUAUGGCGCUCAAUUCACUUUAUUUCUAAAAAGCCACAGGAUCGUUACGUUUUACUUAGUAAUAAAACAUCUAAAUGUGUUUAAAAUUACUACAAAAACAUUUUAUGUAUUUUUUUAAAAUAUUUGUAAUUAUAUUCAAAAUUUAUUGUUAUUAUUGUACUACCAUUGUAUUUCAAUAAAAUUUAACAUGCUGGCAUCCAUGAAA